CGCGCUGUGUGGUACUGCUGCUGAUGCUGAACGGAAAUGCAGGAAUACAAUUGAGAGACUAAGCAUAAUAUGUGAGCUUUGGUUUUUCGUCGAGAUUUAAACUUGGUAUUUUAUCUACCAGAAUAAUGAGGAAGAGACGGCAUUGGAAACCUCAGUUUCAUGUAUUUAAGCACUGGUUAAUUGAAAGUUGAGUUUGAGGACGUAUAGUAAGAUCCGAGCAAAUGGCAAAAAAAGGGCGAUCCAAAGGUGAAAAACCUGAAGCCAUCAUAUCUGCCUUACAAGCAGCCAAUGAAGAUCUCAGGUGCAAACUUACUGACAUUCAAAUUGAACUGCACCAAGAAAAAUGCAAGGUCAGCAAGUUGGAACGUGAUAAGACACAGGAAGCCAAGCGCAUCCGCGAACAGGAGCAGCACCGGCAUACUGCAGCUCUUACUGAACAGCGGGCACGCUGGCAUGAGGAGAAGCUAAAGGAGCUGGCAGCCUUGCGCGAGUCACUGACACGGCAGCAUGAGCAGGAGCUAGGAAGAACUGCCAAGAUCAAGGAUGGUGAGAUCCAGAGGCUGCGGUCUGCUUUGGCUGCAUUGCGUGAUGGAAGUGGUGAAAAGGUUCGCACAGCAUUGGCAUUGGAGGCACGUGAUGAGGCACGGCGUUUUUUUGAGCAGGAACGUGCAAAGUUGCUAGGUGAGAUCACUGAACUGAAGGCUGCAAAGCGUCAAACAGAUGAAGCACUUAAUGCUGCCAUCCAGGCUGAUAAAACUAAGGCGGUUGAUCUGCGCUCUGAGCAUCAUGCACAUCAGGAAGAGAUCACAAAGAUCAAAUGGGAUUGCGAGCGUGAUGUUCGGCGGCUGGUGGAUGAAAUUAAAGCAAAAGACAGGACAAUUUUCUCUCUGGAGAAAGAGCUGGAGACCACUUCAAGUUUCCUGCAGAAGUUGCAGCUUCAGAAGGAUGCACUUGAUGAGCAGCUCUUCCUAGUGAAGGAAGCAGAAUGUAACCUUGGGAGUCCGAAAAGAGAGAUCCCUGGAAGGGCUGGCGAUGGAGCGGAGCACUGUGGAAGCCCGGAAAUGAGGAGGAGUCAAAGACGUGUUGCUGAACUGAAUUCUACUAUCCGGAAGCUGGAGGACCGUAACACACUUUUAGUGGAUGAAAGAAAUGAGCUACUAAAACGAGCACGGGAAGCAGAAAAACAAUGUAAGCCACUCCUGGAUAAGAACAAACUAUUGAAUAGGAAGAACGAUGAGCUGACUCAGUCCCUUCAGCGAAUGGAAGAGAAGCUUAAGAGCUUGACCAAAGAAAAUCUGGAAAUAAAAGAAAAAAUUACUUCUCAUCCACCACUAAAGAAGCUGAAAUCUUUGAAUAACUUGGACCAGGUUCAAGAUGAACAAGAGAUUGAGUUCCUUAAGUUGCAAGUUCUUGAGCAGCAGAGCAUGAUUGAUGAGCUGACUCGAGAUAGAGAAAAACUUCUUAGGAAGAAACGGCAUAAACGAAGCAGGCCUAUUAAGAGACAUAUUGUUGUGGACACAUUCUAUGGUUAUGAUGAAGAGUCAGUGGACUCUGAGACCUCCUCUGUGGCCUCUUUACGUAUGGAUCGUACUCCGGCCACACCAGAUGAAGAACUAGAUGAGGGUAUGGCUACUGAGGAGUCUGAGUUGCGCUUCAGGCAGCUGACUCGGGAGUACCAAGCCCUCCAGAGAGCCUACGCCUUGCUGCAGGAGCAGAAAGGUGGUGUGUUUGAUUCUGAGAUGGAAGCCAAGGCUCAUGACCAGCUCCAUGCUGAUGUGGAGAGGUAUAAAGCAAAAAUUGAAGAUCUAGAGAAAGAGCUGGCUUCCAAAGGACAAGAUUCCAAAUGGGUAGAAGAGAAACAGCUGUUCCUUGUUUGCAAUCAAGAGCUCCUGGAGAAGAUAGAAAAGCUGGAUAAUAAAAGUUCCAGACUACAACAAGAACUCCAGGACUCUAAAGACCAGAAUGAGUUGCUAGAAUUUCGCAUACUUGAACUAGAGGAGAGGGAGAGGAGAUCCCCACCCUUUACACUGUCGAUUCACCCCUUCUCAGAGGGAGUAAGUGCCCUUCAAAUCUACUGUAUAAAGGAAGGAGUAAAAGAUGUGUGUAUACCUGAUCUCAUCAAAUUGUUAGAUAUUCUAGGAGAUAAUGGGAAUUUAAGGAAUGAAGAACAAGUGGCCAUAAUUCAAGCAAGUACUGUCCUGUCCCUGGCUGAUAAGUGGAUCCAGCAGAUUGAAGGAACAGAGUCAGCACUCCAUCAGAAGAUGAUUGACUUGGAGCUGGAGAUGGAGAUGUUCCUCAAGCAAAAAGGCUAUCUGGAGGAAGAGCUUGAUUACAGAAAGCAGGCCCUUGAUCAGGCUUAUAUGCAAAUCCAGGAGUUAGAGGCAACCCUGUAUAAUGCACUGCAACAAGAUAAGGUGAUUAAAUAUGGUGAGCCACUAAAUGAAAUGCAAAGAGAUGAGCUGCGCACAGCUGUGGAGAAGCUACGCCGCCAGAUGCUGAGAAAGAGUCGCGAAUAUGACUGCCAGGUGCUACAGGAAAGAAUGGAACUACUCCAUCAAGCCCACCAGAGAAUCAGAGACUUGGAGGAUAAAACGGAUAUACAGCGAAGGCAAAUUAAAGAUCUAGAGGAAAAGGCAACCAAGAAUUCUUGUGUGAAACUACAGAGCUCUUCUUGUGACAGUAGAACAGUACAACUGAACAUUUUUCUUUUUCCUGUUGUUGUUGGUGGGCGCUGUUGGAAAUGUAGUGCUUGUUUAUACUAGAUACAGUGGACUUGCCCUCCAAAGUAAGGAAGCUUUGGAUUACCUGGCAAAAUAACAAACCCUGAAAUAACACAAACACUGUGUCAACAAAUUGCAGGUAAACCAAACCAAAAUGAGGAGGACUUCACAGUUUAUCUCUGCCAUGCAGGGGAUUCGCCUUUCCACCUGCCUGUUGCAUCUUUCACCAGAAACUUCAUCAGACUCUCUGGUAGAACAUGUCAAACCUCUUAUACUUUUUUCUUCCCACCCACACAAACAUACAUAUAGAAACAAAAAGUGCAAUAGACAUUAUUAUUUACAUUCAUGCACCCCCAGAGUUAUUACACCUGACUCAGGUCUUUGUUUUCUGGACUCAUAAGAACAGAUUUGUCUCACACUGACUGAAAAGGAAAUGCUGAAAAGGCUGCAUUCAGUGCAGACCUACUGAAGUACUCAGUCCAGUCAGUGCAGUUCCUCAGAAAGCAGAUCACUUAAAAAAUUGUUUUUUAAAGUAACUGUUAUUAUUGUGCACAUGAGCCCAUAUAUACCAACAUUUCCUGGUCAAUAAUCAAAAGUGUAUUAUUAAAAGUUAUCAUUAUUUAUCACAUGGUAAAAUUUGUUGAUAUGUACAUUGGUUAGAAUAAUUUCUUCUAGCUCUGUUCCCUCCCAAUGUGAAUACACCCCUUUCUAUACAGCUUGAGCAGUAGCAUCUCUCCGCAAUUUAUAAUUUAUUGAUUGAUUGUUGUAGUGACACCUGCAAAUAAAAUUCAAAGAUCCUCUGCUACAGUAUUUCAGUAGAGGUUCUUCUUCCUGCUAAACCUGUAAUGGGAACCCUUUUUUUUAAACUCUUUUAGAGAGGAAUAACAUUAGCCUACCACCAAAAGCUUCCUUAGCUGGUUUGUAUGGAUUGAAUUGUCCCAGCUACCCUUAAAGUUUGUUCUAAUGUGCUUGUAAAUAUGUUUUUGACCAUUGGAUUCGGAAUAAUUAAAAUCUAAAUACCUCUUAAGCAGUGAUGCAGGAUCUCUUUUGCCUUUUAGGAUUUCUUUUUAAAUGAGUAAACUAUAACUCUGUCUCUACUAACAUGUUUAUGAGGCCAUUCAAACUAUCAGCAAUUCUUUUGCUUAUUACAAUAUCAUUUUAUAAUAUAUGUCUUAGCCCCUUCAAGUGGCAUGGAAUUAAAGUGCAUUAUGUUAAAUGAGUCUUCAUAUUAGAUUAAUUCAUUGUGGGUUGUCCGUGAUUUGGACGAAACCUUUUGAUGUUAUAACAUGAUCAUUAAACACAUUUUAUCGUACACCUUGAGGUUGGUAA